AUGGAGGCGUGCGAUGACGAGCGGGGCAGCCAGCACGAGAAUGUGUUAUCCGUUGCACUGACGGCCGGGUUGCUGACUUCGACAUGGUCAAAUAUGGGUAUAUAUUUCGCGUACCCAAGCACAGAGCAUUACCCGAGCGUUGCUGACCCGGACCUCGGGUUGGACCAUCGGCACGAUGGUCGAGAGGAUGAAUACUGGGCACUGGUGCGGGACGCACUAUUGAGGCCGCUAGUCCAGGCAAACCAGCACAUCCGCGUCAAUACCCAGAAGAUCCUGUUGCACGGGGACGGUGCCACGGACGAUCGAUUUCGCGAAGUUGUGGGCGAGGCGCUUCAUGAGCUGGCGCCGUAUCUUAACGCUAGUGACAUCUUUGCGGAGGAUGUGGUAUACGCAGCCGCCAGGGGUGCUGCGGAGAUGGCGAAGAGGGUGUCGUAG